AUGAGCGCAGAAGUCGUACAGUAUCCUCUUGAACCUCGUGUGUCCCGCUCACGGCUCGCCGACGAAGUCUCGGCCGCCAAGAAACGCAGUGGCGCAAAUGUGCGUGUGCCGUCGGAGCGUAUUGCAUUGGUCCUUGACAUGGACGAGUGCCUAGUUCAUAGUAAAUUUCAAAAUGAGGUCGAGUAUCGGCAAAGUGAGUACCGUCCUGAACAAUUAGAAGAGUACAUGGAUUCAUUUGAAAUUAUCAUGGAAGACGGAGAACGCGCGGUCAUCCACAAGCGACCUGGUCUUGAUCGAUUUCUCGAGGAGGCUGCCAAGCAUUACGAUGUCUACGUGUUCACGGCUGGCCUUGAAGCAUACGGCAAGCCUAUUCUGGACGUCCUCGAUCCCAAGGGCAAUCUCUUCGCUGGUCGCUUUUUCCGCGAGUCGUGCCAACAGCGCAAAGGCAUGUUUCUCAAGGACCUUAGUGUAGUGCGCGGUGGAGACUUAUCGCGUGUUAUCCUUGUGGAUAACAACCCCGUGUCGUUCCUCAUGCAGCCUAGCAACGGCAUUCCCGUACCGAGCUUUUAUGAUGAUGCCAAUGACCGGACAUUGGAGUCACUGAGUAAGGUGCUAGCAAGUCUGCAAGAUGUAGAGGAUGUGCGUCCGCGGUUGCACCAGCUCUUUCGCUUGGCAGAUUUGUUGGCCGAUCAUCAGCGUGUGAUUCUUGGAUAA